CCCAACUAUAGUUGGGACUGAUGCUAUAGUUGGGGCGUAACAGAUAUAACCUACGUUGCGGCGUUGGGCAGUCGAUAUACAUAUGUACAUGUACAGGACGUGUACAUGUACAUGUAUAUGUACGUUACGCGUACCGUAUGUCAUCUUUAACUUUUAAGCUUAAGAUUUCAUGGAAUUCGACCUUGAACUUCUUCCGGCAAACAGGUGAACAGCUAUGACAAGAGGUCCCUAUUUGUUUGGUACUGUGUGCAUUUAGUGGAUCUUCUUGCUGGGCAAAUGGUCAAGAAAAAUGGGAUUUGAAGUGGGACGUUUCCGCGGUGAUGUGGAUGAAGAGCUUAUCUGCCCAAUUUGUAGUGCAGUCUUAGAAGAUCCCGUGCAGGCACCAGAAUGUGAGCAUGCCUUUUGUUCUGUAUGUAUCCAUGAAUGGUUGAGCAGACAACGCACAUGCCCAGUGGAUCGCAAUCCCAUUUCUUCCCAGCAGUUGAAGCCAGUGCCCCGAAUAUUACGCAAUUUACUGUCUCGCUUGUACAUUGCAUGUGAUAAUGCCAGCUUUGGGUGUUCGGCCGUCAUCAAGCUUGAUUCCCUUCAGCAACAUCUAGAGGAGUGUGAACACAAUCCCAAGCGACCAGUCCAGUGUGAGCAAGGCUGUGGUAUGGUCAUUCCCAAAGAUGAGCUCAAAACACACAACUGUGUCCGUGAACUAAGGGCUGUUGUCGAGGAACAAGCAUCAAAGAUAGGAGAUUAUCGGGCUGAAGUUGAGGAUGUCAAACGCUCCCUGGCAGAACAUCGCCAUGAAAUGCAAAUGCUCAAGGAUUACAUACGAGCAAUCAGAGUCUCAACACCAAAUGCUAAUCCAUCAGUUCAGGCAAUUGAAGAUGAAUUGGAAAACAAUGAGAUAGUGCGGUGGGUCAACACAGUUCCCUUAGCAAAGGUCACUCGUUGGGGAGGCAUGAUCUCAACCCCAGAUGCUGUACUACAAGCUGUUAUCAAGCGAUCUCUCCAGGAAAUCGGCUGCCCACCCCACCUUGCCACUGAGUUAAUGGAGAACGCUCAUGAACGCAAUUGGCCACAUGGCCUGUCGACUCUGGAGACACGACAAAUGAAUAGACACCUGUAUGAGCGUUAUGUUACCAGGCGUAUACCAGGCAAGCAGGCAGUACUUGUCAUGGCAUGUGACAAUGUACACAUGGGGGAAGAAAUGUCGCUUGAACCAGGAUUAGUCAUGAUAUUUGCACAUGGCAUUGAGUAAUCUUGAACUGUUGAACGUACUGUCAGAAAUUUGUCCUGUUAUUAACAGUUGUAUUUAAUGUACAAAACAUAACCUCUUUUAGUUGGCCAGAUUUUUUGCAGUAAUAUGCUUGUCAUGUUUUGUUUGUAUGUUAAUACUAACAGGCCACAUAAAUUUAACUGUAACAUUUGUUGCUUGUACUUUUUGUCAAGGUCUACAUGUACAUGUACAGCAGCCAAUUUCAUCAAACAUGGUAUAACUUCACACCAUGCGUAAGCCUUGUGCCACAAAUUUGUGUUGUACACAUGUUCAUGUAGCUGUGCAGAAUACUUUCUGUUAAUUUACAAAAAGUUGCUUAUUAGCUGCACAUUUUGAUUAUUUCAUGGGUGAAUAUGAUUAUCACUUUUAUGACGGCUGUUCCUUAGCAGUGUUAGAGCACUUACCAAACAGUCCUUGAAUUACCCCAGCCUGGCGUUUGAAAAAAGUUCUGUCUUUUCUCUGAAAAAUCCCAGAGUUCUCUCACAGCCAAACAAGUUUGUCAUUUCCUCAAAGAAACAAAGUAAUUUUUCCUGUUAAUUUUAAGUUGAAAAUAAUGAUCCUUAACUAAACAUGAUUAAAUGUAGUUAGUUACCAGUACAAUGUACUUUCAUCAUCUUUACUUAGUGUUACACAACUUACUCUGUAGAAUGAUUGCAUAAGUUAUGCCAUAAAUGUGUUAUACAAGUUACUGACUUACUGCAUUAAUUUCCUGAAAUGUGUCAUAUUUUGUUGUACAAUUACACAUGUGACGUACAGAAAACGUGUGUAAGUGAAGUGACCCCAUCAUUUAACAUUUCCUGACAUUGGCUGCAGAGGUCUCAUACAUUUUACAUGUAGCCUUUCACAAAUACUACCCUGCUCAUCAGGCCAUGAUGAGAUCAACUUCUGAGUACACGUUUUGUGCACGUACACUUACACUGUACAUGUACACCCCAUACCGUGUACACUGUACACAUGCAUCCAAAAGUUAUGGUAUAACCCAUUCUUUGGUUUAGCACUCUAACAGACUGGUAAUUGUAAACUUCUUUACAUUGUAUGUUGUGGUGAUUUGAAUGUGAUAAAACAUACCUGUACCUGUGUACAGGUUCCUCGUGAAGUGCCCAUUUUACAGGUAAAGUGGUCCCCUCCUUGAGUCCAUUCCACUACAUGUAGGCCAUAGACCUGCUGCAUGUACAUGUAUGAGAUUGACCAGUGUGUAGUUGUACAUUGUGUAGACUGUGAAAAAGCCCAAAUAUGUUGACCCUGGUAGAGUCGUUCACAAAUUUGUUAAUAUCUUCAGUAUGUGAGUUUAUAAAAUGUAAGUCUUAUUCUGUACAUAAGUUUAUAAAAUGUAAGUCUUAUUCUGUACAUAACUGUGUUGGUCAGUCUCAUGACUUAGGGGGUCAGUCUCACAGAUUUUCUUGAAAUUUUCUGAUUUUUUUUUUCCACAAAACUCCAAAACCUAAUUUUUAGUGUUUUUGAUCAUGCGGUUUGUGAGAUACCCGAACAGGUCAUUGAAUUUUUGUACCGUAUAUUGGAAGCACAGUGAGUGCACUUUGGGCUUUCUUUUGGCAAAAUUUCAAAAAAAAUAAUUUUGCACCCUGCAAGGGAUCAGAGGUCAAUGUUCUGUUUGCCUGACCUCAUUCCUGUAUUCCACAUGACAUCAUUAUGGUCUUUUAACACACUGCAAAAUUCCUUUGUGUUAAAAUUUGAUGCUACAUGUAUACAGAAUUGCACUGAAGUUUCAACAUGGCUGACUGUACAGUAUGUUGGAAUUUUAGCUGUCGCUGUGUGAUUUGCAAACACAAGGGUUUCUCAGAGCUUUAAUUUAAGAUGUAAUUCAUGUCUACAUACAUGUACGUGUACGUACAUGCAUCUGUCACUUCUCUUGGGAGAUACAGGUGUUCAAAGUCAUAGAAUUCAUACAGAUCAAAAGGUCAAAAUUCAACAACUUUCCAAACCACAUGACUUAAAGAACUACAAUCUUGGUUUUAGAAGUUUCUCUUCAGACUAAACAAUUGUAGCAAAUUUCCAAAAAAUCUUUGAGAUUGACCCAGAAAGUGUUGGAUUUUACAUUGAAUGACCCAUAAAAUGUAUACAGAACUUCUGUGCACAUACAUGUAUGUGGAAGUGUCCAGAUGAAUGUUAAUGAAACCAUUGAUUACAUUGCAAGUGCUAAGUCUGUUGCACAAGUCUGUUACCCAAAUGUAUGUGAUAUUAACAGCAGCUAUGCAAUGUGUUACUUGUACAUGUUCAUGUAAAUGUUUGUAUGUACAUGUAUACAUGUAUGUGAAAUGAAAUUGAUGUGGCCACUUUGACCAAAGAAGAAUAUCUACUAUAGCAUUUACAUUAGUUGCUUUUCUAUGCAUAGAGCAUAACUGAAUAAGGGUGGCAAUUUGAGUGGAUGUACAUGUACAUGUAGUUAAUGGCUUAGAAAAAUCACCAUUUGAAGGCUUGUCUCAUUUGACUUGAAUUGAUCUGCAGUGAAAAACCUAGUGCAAAGUAAAUUGCCAAUUUUUGUGAGGAAAUGCAUAGAGUUGAUUUGAAAGCCAGUCAAUAAGUUGUCACAGUUUGACUCAGUUAACAGCUUAAUCAAAAGGUUUGAUGAUCUUAAGGUAAAUUUGUACAAAUGCUCAGUAUCUAAGUAUUUGUAAUUCAAACCAUUGCCUCUUUGUUGAAUUAAUGAAUUUUAUUUCAUUUUCAGACAAAUGAACCCUUAACUAGGAAUGUGUGCAUUUGGACUACAUGUACAUGUAUCAAACUUGUAUAUUAAUAAACCUUCAGGUUAUGAAGCUGUUGCACUUAAA